AUGUACCACCUAGCAAAGGGUCUCUACCGAUUAGCGACCAGUAAAGAAGAAUACUCCGUCAUCCUCCUAGGCCUCGACAACGCAGGAAAGACCACCUUCCACGAACAAGUGAAAGCGCUCUUCCACCCCGACCAGCCCGAGCCCAAGUUGAAAACAGUCCCAACGGUCGGCCAAAAUGUUUCCACCAUCACCUUGCCCGACAUGUACCUGAAGCUAUGGGACGUCGGCGGCCAGCUCUCUCUUCGUGCCCUGUGGCACUCGUACUACUCGUCCUGCCACGCCAUCAUCUUCAUCAUCGACAGCACCGACAUCGGCGACGGUCAAAUCGAGCGCGAUCAGAACAAUGGAAGGUUGGACGAGUGUCGGGCGGUGCUUGAGGACGUGUUGCAGCACUCGGAGACGGAGGGCGUGCCGCUGUUGAUAUUGGCGAACAAGCAGGACCGAGAAGACUGCGUGGAGGUCGUGCGGAUCAAGGAAGGGUUGGUCAAGAAAGUGUUUGAGGGCGAAAAGAGUGCGAGUAUCAGGGACUCGAGGGUGUUGCCCGUCUCGGCGCUAACGGGGACGGGCGUGAGGGAGGCAGUGGAAUGGGUCAGAUCGAGGGUGAAAUGGAACAAGGAGUCGAGGCCGCCGGUUAUGCGGUGA